UGAAAGGCGCAGACCGGAUGUGUUGCAGAGUUUCGUUUUCAUUUCUCGGACAUGAAACUGUCGUUACCGUCGUUACAGUAAAGAAGCAUGGCGGGUCUGGAGGUGUUGUACACCUGCGUGUCUGACGGCAUCACCUGUCCGCAGGACGCCGUCGUGUGCUUCGUGCACUGGGACGUGAUAAAGAGCGGGUACAGGUGUGUCGGCUGCGGGGACGAGCCCCGCAGCAGUGACAAGAAGUCAGAGCUGCUGCCCGCUGACUGGAGCAGCAACAAGGAGUUGUACAGUCUGCGAUAUAAAGCCAAAGACGGUGACACCCAAUUCAUGCUCAAAGCCAUCGUUGUCGACUCCACGCUGAUCUUCAACCUGAUGAACUCCAGCACACAGCAGGUGACAGACCUGACGGUGAACAUCAGCGAUCACGUGGACGCUGAGCAGCUGCGCUCAUUUGACAGCGUCUUCAAGGACACUGACAGUUUGUCAGAGAAGGUGAGGACUCAGCUGCUGCCGCCCCGAGACAGACCGACAGGACAGAGGGCAGAGACAAAGAGUCGGAGGGACGAGGAGGUGGAGCAGAGGCGAAGAGGAGAGGACGACGACCCCCUCCGCAUCCCCACCAGACAUCCUCGCCAGGGAACACAGCCAAACUGGCCUGACCCCAUGCUUCCUCCGUUCGCAGCCGGAGGAGCCGAUCUGGAUCCCUUCGGGUCUCGCGGCGGCGGUGGGAUGAUCGUCGACCCGUUGAGGUCGGGCUAUCCUCGCUCUGGUUUUGACCCCUCCAGCGGCAUACCAGACAUCCUGCCUCCCGGAGCUGUUCCCCCCGGGGCUCGCUUCGACCCAUUUGGACCAAUCGGACGACGCAGGCCAGGGCCGGAUCCAGACCACAUGCCUCCACCUGGCUACGACGACAUGUUCAUGUAGUAACCAGCAGUGUCUCCUGCUUUUCUACUUCCUGUUUGCUACAUCCUGUCCUCUAGCCAAUAGGAGCCAGGGGAAAAGUUGCCAUCUUCACCUCCUCGAGGGUUUGAUCUGGUUUAGUCAUCAGAGAAUAAAAUGUUUUAUUAAGAGGGUUUCUUCUCUAAGUUUUCAUUUCAUAUAACUAAUGUACAUAACUUGUGUAGACAGCAGCCGACUCUGUGUAAAUCUGGUGUUAGAGGUACAUCAGCACACUGUUAACACACCUUUAACAAAAACAGACAUGGUCUGUAACAUUUGGACAGCCUGCAGAGAGCUUCUCCUCUGCUCUCUAGCCUGAAGGAAGUUAUGAUUCAUAUCAUCCCAUUAAACUGCAUCUUGUAGUUUAUUUAUUCGUAAAAUAAAUAAAUCUCGUCUUUCUGUUGUGGACACGUUAGAAGA